CAUCUUUUAUAAAGAUGCUGCUGUGUUCUUCAUUGAGAAAGGGCUGAAUAUCAUUAAUCACUCCUGUUACUUGAGAAACACUUGACAGAGCUCAAGUAUCCUCUCACAUUUAAACACAAACCUCUUAAUUGCUGAUUACAAGACAAUGAGAAGUGAUGGAUCAUCAAGUUUCCCUGCUUGUUGAAACAGAAGCAAAGACAUCUAGUAUUCUUGAUAUGUUUAUGAAUGGGGGAGAAAAAGGAAAACCUAAACAUGAAGUAGGUCUGCUUGUUAUGAUAGUCUAAAUAGGCAAACGUUUAGAACACAAUAAUAAAGCAAACCCUGCUCUCCAUCACACUGUACAUCUUCACCUACAAAACUUGUGUAAGGGACAAGGAAACAUAGGAAGCAACCCGGUCAAAAUGACAGACAUCCCGCCCAUCCAAUCACAAGCUGAGCUUGCCGAGCGACCCUCCAAUGAGAGUAUAGACGAAGGGCGGGACUUCCUGCUGGUGACGCAGUUGGCGAAGUGGAAGCCCCGCCGUCAAUCAAAUUAAGAAAAAAACAAACUGGACUAAAGCGAGCGCAAGCAGCGAUUAAAACAACCAUGUUCGCGGUGUAAAAAAAGCCAACCAUCAAUCUCCAGGAAAGAGCUCACGUAAUGACCGCGCCUGAAGGGCCAGUGAAAGCGGGAGUCAUGGCGGACAGCAGCAGCGCUCAGGACGGCGGCGGCGCGGAGCAGGACGGACAGCCCUCGCCGCUCGCCCUGCUCGCCGCCACUUGCACCGGCCUCGGUUCGCCCGCCCCCGGAGCAGAGAACGGGGCCAGCUCUAAUAACGCUUCAGCUGGGGUGAAUGCAGACCUCUCAGAUCAGCUAACCAGCUCAACUGAAAGAUGGGAAGCUGUACGGGAUGAUUCAGGUGUCCUGCAUCUCCCCGGCACGGGUAUCGUCACAUCCAACGGACAGUAUGUUCUUCCUCUCCAGAGCCUCCAGGGCCUCCAGAACCAGCCCAUUUUACUCACGUCGGGGACCGACGCGUCCGCCGGCGCAGUGCCUAACAUCCAAUACCAAGUCAUCCCUCAGGUGCAGACGACUGACGGGCAGUUGGGUUUCUCUGGGGCCUCGAUGGCGCAGGACGCCACGGGUCACAUCCAGAUCCUCCCAGACGGCACCCAGACCAUCAGCGUCACGUCCGCCGACGUCCUCAGCAACAGCCAGAGCCUGAUGACACAGACAGGCCAAGUGCACCAGAUCCCACAGGUGUCUCUGGGAAGCUCUGCGUUCGGCGGGCAGGUCACAAACGUGCCUCUGGGCUUGCCGGGUAACAUUACCUUCGUGCCCAUAAACAGCGUGGAUCUGGACUCUCUGGGACUGUCGGGAGCCCAGCCCAUAGCCACGGGCAUCACAGCUGACGGACAGCUGAUCAUGACCAAUCAGAGCGUUGAGAACUCUGAGAAAGCAGGAGAACAGCAGCAGCAGACGCUCAGCACUAACGCGACCGCUGAUAUGUUUGUGCCUACCACGUCUUCAGUGUCGUCCUCGCAGGCCACCACGAUAGACGGCACUGGGGUGUUGACGCAGCAGCCAGUGGCGGGAGAGCAGACGGACAGCUCGGGAUACCUCAGUCAGGGAGCGGUGCAGGUGUCUGGAGGACAGCAGGUGAUCCAGUUACAGCAGCUGCCCUUGCAGAGCGCUGACGGUCAGGCGUCUGCUCAGGCUCAGCAGACCAUGCAAAACAUCCAGCUCAUCAACCCGGGAACAUUCCUCAUCCAGGCCCAAACCGUCACGCCGUCAGGACAGAUACAGUGGCAGACCUUCCAGGUGCAGGGAGUUCAGAAUCUCCAGAACCUUCAACUCCAGACGGCUCCAACCCAGCAGAUAACUCUGGCCCCGGUGCAGACGCUAUCUCUGGGUCAGGGUGGCACACCGGUCAGCCUGAGCUCAGGACAGAUGCCCAAUCUGCAGUCGGUGACGGUUAACACUGUGGGCCAGGCAGGCAUUCAGUUCCAGCAGUCCGAGGACACCGACAGCACCGGAGAUAUUCAGAUUAAGGAGGAGCCUGAUUCGGAGGAGUGGCCUCUGGACAGUAGCUCUACGCUGAAUGCCAAUGACCUCUCUCACCUUCGUGUUCGUUUAGUGGAGGAAGAGAUGGAGGCAUUGAGCCAGGAGGGCAAACGUCUGCGCAGGGUCGCAUGUACCUGCCCCAACUGCAAAGAGGGAGGCGGGAGGGGAUCUAACAUGGGCAAGAAGAAGCAGCACGUGUGCCAUAUUGCCGGCUGUGGGAAGGUUUACGGGAAGACGUCCCACUUGCGAGCUCACCUGCGCUGGCACUCGGGAGAGAGACCUUUUGUCUGCACCUGGAUGUUUUGUGGGAAGAGGUUCACGCGCAGUGAUGAAUUACAGCGACACAGGAGAACACACACCGGAGAAAAGAAGUUUGUGUGUUCGGAGUGCUCGAAGAGAUUCAUGCGCAGCGAUCAUCUGGCCAAGCACAUAAAGACGCACCAGAACAAAAAGGGCGGAGGCGUGGUUUCCAGCGGGGGCGUGUCCUCGGAUGGCAUCAUCACAGCCGGCGGCACCACACUCAUCCUCACCAACAUCCAGCCGGGCAGCAUGCAGGGUCUAGCCACCGUCAACGCCACCGUCAACACCUCCUCCAGCCCACAGGACCCGCUAAACGCCACCGAAAUUCCUCUUCAGUUAGUCUCCGUGUCCGCCGGUGACGCCGUCGAGUGAAACCGAAUCUAAACAUUCCCGUACGACAUCACAUCCUGUCCUCCCACAACCUCAUUUUCGAUUCCUCGCUCAUGCAUAUAUAUACAUAUAUAUAUAUAUACACCUUGCUUUUUAUACCUUUUUGCAUAUUUACCCUCCUUUAAGUGAAUGCAUAUAUACAUACACACACACACAUAUAUAUAGAUAUAAAUAUAUAUUUUACAAAUAUAGAAUUAUUGGGGGUUUUGUUCAUCUUUUUACGGGGGAAGCAUUAUUUCUUGAUUUCACAUACAACACUGAAAUGCCUUAUAUUGUAUUAUAAGCUGUCGUGUACAAAAAAAGCUCCAGUUCUUCAUGGGUGUCAAGCAUCUGUUUCAGUGUAUUUGUUGGAACGGGGUUUAAUCAUGGCUUUUGUAAAGAUUUGCAGCGCUGGCGACAAACGGGUGGAUGAUGAUUAAGAAAAUGAAGAAACGGUUUAGCCAUAAGUGGAAAUUCUCAGUUAUUUCUCUCUGAAAAUGCACGGAAGUUCUGCCAAUUGGAUUAAUUACGUCUUUUUAUCUUAUUAUUUUGCCAUUUUUUUUAUUUAUACAUCACAAUUCUGACUUUUUUUACCUCAUAAUUCAGUCAAUACAAAAAAAAUUUAACUCAUAAUUGAGUAAAAGGUUGGAGUUCUGCCACCAUAUUAUAUUUAGUUCUGUGUUAAAGGGUUAGUUCACUCAAAAAUGGCAUUUACCUCAUUAUUUACUCUCCCUCAUGUGGUUUUAAAUCUUUAUGAGUUGCUUUUCCCUUCUGCUGAAAAAGGAAGAUAUAAAACAACAGCUAUUGAAUUCUAUGGUGUUUUUGUUUCUCUAUUGCUGCUUUUUUUCAACGUUCUUCACAAUAUCUUGUUCUUAUUUAACAGAAGAAAGAAAUUCGUAAAGAUUUAGAUCAACUUUAGUGAGUAAUUAAAACAUUUUGGGCAACCUAUGCCUUUAGUAUCUUGCAUGUUUGACUCUCAGCCAUGAAUUGUGAGGUAACUGCUUUAUUAUUAUAGUUAUUAUUAUUAUUUGCAAAACAAAAAUCUAAUUUAGUCUAUUCUGACUAAUGCUAAUGGAAAACAUUGACUUCCAUAGUGUUUUUGUUCCUCUAUAGACGUCAAUGGCUGCUUUUUUCAACAUUCAUCAGUAUCUUGUUUUUAUUCAGCAGAAGAAAGAAAUGCAUAAAGAUUUAGAUCCACUUGAGUGAGUAAAUUAGCAUUUUUGGGUGAUCUAUCUAUAAAUAUAUUCAAGUAUGUCCCUCAGUCCUUAAUUGUAAGGUAGUUGCUUUAUUAUUGUUAGUAUUAUUAUUGUUUUUGCUACAGUCAAAUUCUCUCUAUUUUGAUGAAUGUUGGGGGGAAACCUUGACUUCUAUAGUAUUUUUGUUUGCUAUCGACGUCAUUGGCUGCUUUUUCCCCCUCAGCAUUUUUCAGAAUACCUUUAAUUUAAACUUUAUAUCAUCUUGAGUGAGUCUAUUUUCAUUUUUGGGGGGAAUUAUCCCUUUAGUAUCUUGCGAGUUUGACCCUCAGCCAUCAAUUGUGAGGUAAUUGCUUUAUUAUUGUUUACUAAUGUUAAUAUUGUUAUAAUUUUAAUUUGCAAAAAAUAAUAAUCUAUACUGUGCGAUUUAAAAGCUUCCUAUUCUGUUUAAUCGAAUGUAUCUUUCGUUAAGAUGUUGAACUUCGGUUUAGCUCUCAAAUUAUUUUAAAACGUCCAAUUGUGAGUGUUUUAAAUCUGUUGUGCGACAUAUGUGCAUAACUAUGAGAAAAAGUUUGAAUUGUGAGCUAAAGAAUUGCAUUAUUUUACAUUCUUCGGUGAAAAUAAGCUAUCAUGAUGAUAUAAUUGUAGUUCUUUAAUUUAUACUGGCAAUUAUUCCAUUUUUAAUGACUUUUUUACAUCUGUCAAACUCCAGAAAAAAGUCAGUAUGACUUAAUUGUGUGAGAAACAAACUUAAGUAGUUAUUCAGUAAAAAUCCUUAUGUCUUACAACUCUUCACAACUUGUUUUCUAUUUGCCAUAUAACCUAUUUUUUGUUUAACUUCAUGUGAGUCUAAUGCCAAGAAUGUUGACUUUGCAUUUUUGAAUGUAGUCGUGAGCUUUGAUUGGACAGAAUAUUAAAUAUAUCUGGUCCUCGCGAGCUCUGAUAGGACGGAAUAUUAAAUAGAUCUGUUCCUUACGAGCUUCGAUUGCAAGCAAUAUUAAAUAUAUCUGUUCCUCACAAGCUUUUAUUGGACGAAAUAUUAAAUAUAUCUGUUCCUCGCAAGGUUUUAUUGGACGGAAUAUUAAAUAUAUCUGUUCCUCGCAAGGUUUUAUUGGACGGAAUAUUAAAUAUAUCUGUUCCUCACAAGCUUUUAUUGGACGGAAUAUUAAAUAUAUCUGUUCCUCGCAAGCUUUUAUUGGACGGAAUAUUAAAUAUAUCUGUUCUCAAGGGCUUCGAUUGGACGGAAUAUUAAAUAGAUCUGUUCCUUACGAGCUUUGAUUGCAAGCAAUAUUAAAUAUAUCUGUUCCUCACAAGCUUUUAUUGGACGGAAUAUUAAAUAUAUCUGUUCUCAAGGGCUUCGAUUGGACGGAAUAUUAAAUAGAUCUGUUCCUUACGAGCUUUGAUUGCAAGCAAUAUUAAAUAUAUCUGUUCCUCGCAAGCUUUUAUUGGACGAAAUAUUAAAUAUAUCUGUUCCUCGCAAGGUUUUAUUGGACGGAAUAUUAAAUAUAUCUGUUCCUCGCAAGCUUUUAUUGGACGGAAUAUUAAAUAUAUCUGUUCCUCACAAGCUUUUAUUGGACGGAAUAUUAAAUAUAUCUGUUCUCAAGAGCUUCGAUUGGACGGAAUAUUAAAUAUAUCUGUUCCUCACUAGCUUCGAUUGGACGGAAUAUUAAAUAUAUCUGUUCCUCGAGCUUUUAAUGGACAGAAAAUAAAUAAAUAUCUGCUCCUUGUGAGCUUUGCUUGGAAGGAAUUUUUAAUAUCUGUUCCUCAUGAGCUUUGUUUGGACGGAAUAAUAACUGAUAUAUGUUUCUCACACUAUCAAUGGAAAUGUAACAAUUUAAAGAGACAGUUCACCAAAAUAAAAGUAAACUUAAUAUUUACUUGCGCUCAUGAGUUUUUUCUGUUGAACACAAAACGACAUAUUGUGAAGAAUGUUGAAGAAAUAAAUCCUGUGGAAGUCAAUGGCAUUUGUUGUGUUUAACAGAGGAAAGAAACUCAAACCGGUUUGUAAAUUGGAACUACUUUGUUCAGGGACAGAGUAACGACAGAAUUUCCACUUAUGGAUAGGCAGUUUCUCAUUUGGCGUGAUAUUGUGUGUUCUCCACAUGAGAAGGAGGAUGUAAAAGUAAAAAAUAUGUUCAGAGAAGCUGCCGUCGUGCUGUUGGCAGUCAUGAAGGUGUCUUUAAAUGUCUGCGUUGCGUUUAUGUUGUGUAGUUUUAUUUGGUGUAGGUGAAGACCCUGAAAAUGGAGGGGCGUAACAGUGGUGGGGAACUAUGAAACAAUCAUGUAAUUAAAAGCAUUUUAUGUAACAUAA